GCCGCCCGGCCCCGCUCCCGCUGAGCCCCGCGCGCCCCUCGCCCUGCAGCAUGAGCGGCGGCGGCGGCGGCUCCUCCUCGGCACCCGGCCGCUUCGCCGACUACUUCGUCAUCUGCGGGCUGGACACCGAGACGGGGCUGGAGCCGGACGAGCUCUCCGCUUUAUGCCAGUAUAUACAGGCCUCUAAAACCCGAGAUGGUGGCAGCCGUUUCAUUUCAAGUGCAACAGAAGGGGAAAACUUUGAACAGACUCCGUUAAGACGCACAUUUAAAUCCAAAGUUCUUGCUCGCUAUCCUGAGAAUGUUGAAUGGAAUCCUUUUGACCAGGAUGCAGUGGGAAUGCUGUGUAUGCCUAAAGGGCUUGCUUUCAAGACACAAGCAGAUUGCAGAGAACCGCAGUUCCACUCGUUCAUUAUCACUCGUGAAGAUGGCUCGCGGACAUUUGGAUUUUCUCUCACGUUCUUUGAGGAGGUCACUAGCAAACAGAUCUGCAGUGCAAUGCAGACCCUGUAUCACAUGCACAAUGCUGAAUAUGACAUUCUUCACACCCCUCCCAGCAAUGACAAGGAGAGCUGCAGCAGCACUGGGGACUGCAAUGGCACCUCUGUCUCAAAGCUACAGCGGUUUAACUCCUAUGACAUCAGCAGAGACACUCUCUAUGUCUCAAAGUGCAUUUGUCUGAUUACUCCAAUGUCUUUCAUGAAAGCUUGUAAGAAAGUUCUGGAACAGCUUCACCAAGCAGUGACUUCACCUCAGCCACCGCCGCUACCUUUAGAAAGCUACAUCUACAAUAUUCUCUAUGAGGUUCCCCUCCCUCCAGCAGGAAGGUCAUUGAAAUUUUCAGGUGUUUAUGGACCAAUUAUCUGCCAGAGGCCAAGCACCAAUGAACUACCAUUGUUUGAUUUUCCUGUUAAAGAAGUUUUUGAAUUGCUUGGAGUAGAAAAUGUGGUUCAGCUCUUUACCUGUGCCCUUUUGGAGUUUCAGAUACUGCUUUAUUCACAGCAUUAUCAGAGGCUGAUGACAGUGGCAGAGACCAUCACAGCACUAAUGUUUCCAUUUCAGUGGCAGCACGUGUAUGUUCCUAUCCUUCCAGCAUCCCUCCUUCAUUUUCUAGAUGCUCCUGUCCCUUACCUCAUGGGCUUGCACUCUAAUGGACUGGAUGAUAGGUCUAAGCUGGAACUUCCUCAAGAGGCUAACCUGUGCUUUGUGGAUGUAGACAACCAUUUCAUUGAGCUGCCAGAAGAUCUACCCCAGUUUCCAAAUAAACUUGAGUUCAUUCAGGAAAUUUCAGAGAUACUGAUGGCUUUUGGAAUUCCACCUGAGGGAAACCUGCACUGCAGUGAAAGUGCCUCCAAGAUGAAGAGCCUCAGAGCAUGUGACCUGGUUUCUGAUAAAAGAAAUGGGAACAUAGCAGGAUCACCUCUGAAUUCCUAUGAGCUGCUAAAGGAAAAUGAGACGAUUGCAAGACUCCAAGCACUUGUUAAAAGAACAGGUGUGAGUCUGGAAAAGCUGGAGGUACGAGAAGAGACCAGUAGCAAAAAGGAUCUUAAAAUUCAGUGUGAUGAAGAAGAAUUCAAGAUUUACCAGCUGAACAUUCAGAUUCGGGAAGUUUUUGCCAACCGCUUCACACAAAUGUUUGCAGAUUAUGAAGUGUUUGUCAUUCAGCCCAGUCAGGACAAGGAAUCCUGGUUUACAAACAGAGAACAGAUGCAAAACUUUGAUAAAGCUUCUUUCUUGUCUGACCAGCCUGAACCUUACUUGCCUUUCCUCUCGAGAUUCCUGGAGACCCAGAUGUUUGCAUCCUUCAUUGACAAUAAGAUUAUGUGCCAUGAUGAAGAUGACAAAGACCCUGUUUUGAGAGUGUUUGAUUCUAGGGUGGAUAAAAUCAGGCUGCUGAACGUCAGGACACCGACUCUGCGCACAUCUAUGUAUCAGAAGUGCACAACCAUUGAUGAGGCUGAGAAGUCUAUUGAAUUAAGGCUGGCAAAAAUAGAUCACACUGCAGUUCACCCACACUUGCUGGACAUGAAAAUUGGACAAGGGAAAUAUGAGCUUGGAUUUUUUCCUAAGCUUCAGUCUGAUGUUUUAUCCACUGGCCCAGCAAGCAACAAGUGGACAAAGAGGAAUGCUCCUGCUCAGUGGAGGCGCAAGGACAGGCAGAAGCAGCACACGGAGCACCUGCGUCUGGACAACGACCAGAGAGAGAAAUACAUCCAAGAAGCCAGGAACCUGGGCAGCACCAUCCGGCAGCCCAAGCUCUCUAACCUCUCUCCAUCAGUAAUUGCACAAACAAACUGGAAGUUUGUAGAAGGCUUGUUGAAGGAAUGCAGAAAUAAGACUAAGAGGAUGUUGGUUGAGAAAAUGGGUCGAGAAGCUGUGGAGCUUGGUCAUGGUGAAGUGAAUAUCACAGGAGUGGAAGAGAACACCCUGAUUGCCAGUCUGUGUGACCUCUUGGAAAGAAUAUGGAGCCACGGUCUGCAAGUCAAACAGGAUAGAAGCUGUACUGCUUUCGUCUUAGAAGACAGAGCAUCAGUUUACUGUGCUUCAACCCAGGUUUGGGCCUUUCAGAGCACCAGACGGCCAACCCUUCAUAAGGGAAAGUCUGCUCUGUGGUCUCAUCUGUUACAUUACCUAGAGAACAGACAAAGAAGAACCACAUCAGGCAGCUUCAGUACCUCAGGAAUACUUCUUGAUUCAGAAAGACGGAAGUCUGAUGCAAGUCCAGCCAUGUCACCUCUCAGAAUCUCUCUCAUCCAGGAUAUGAGGCAUAUCCAGAACAUAAGUGAGAUCAAAACAGAUGUUGGCAAGGCCAGAGCCUGGGUUCGCCUCUCUAUGGAGAAGAAGUUGCUCUCUAGGCAUCUGAAACAGUUGCUCUCAGAUCAUGAACUCACAAAAAAACUCUACAAGCGUUACGCGUUCCUGCGCUGCGAUGAUGAGAAGGAGCAGUUCCUGUAUCAUCUCCUGUCAUUCAAUGCUGUGGAUUACUUUUGCUUUACCAAUGUUUUCACAACAAUCUUGAUACCAUACCAUAUCUUGAUUGUUCCCAGCAAGAAACUCGGUGGCUCAAUGUUCACAGCCAAUCCUUGGAUCUGUAUUUCGGGAGAGCUGGGUGAAACAGGAGUCCUGCAGAUUCCCAGGAACAUAUUAGAAAUGACUUUUGAGUGCCAGAACCUGGGAAAGCUGACCACAGUGCAAAUAGGACAUGAUAAUUCAGGGCUGUAUGCCAAGUGGCUUGUGGAAUAUGUUAUGGUCAGAAAUGAAAUAACAGGGCAUACUUACAAGUUUCCCUGUGGAAGGUGGCUUGGGAAGGGGAUGGAUGAUGGCAGCUUGGAGAGGAUCCUGGUGGGAGAGCUGCUGACUUCGCACACGGAGGCUGAUGAGCGGCAGUGCCGGACCCCUCCCCUGCAGCAGUCUCCAAGCAUGAUCAGGAGAUUUGUCACCAUCUCACCAAACAAUAAGCCAAAGUUAAAUACUGGUCAGAUACAAGAAGCAAUUGGUGAAGCUGUUAAUGGUAUUGUCAAGCAUUUCCACAAGCCAGAGAAGGAGAGAGGCAGCCUGACCCUGCUGCUGUGUGGAGAAAGUGGACUUGUUUCAGCUCUGGAGCAAGUGUUCCAGCACGGAUUUAAAUCACCGAGACUCUUCAAGAAUGUCUUCAUUUGGGACUUCUUAGAAAAAGCACAAACAUACUAUGAGACCCUUGAGCAGAGUGAGAUGGUCCCAGAAGAGAACUGGCAGACGAGAGCCAGGAAUUUCUGUCGCUUUAUCACUGCUAUCAACAACACCCCUAGGAACAUUGGGAAGGAUGGCAAGUUUCAGAUGCUGGUGUGUCUUGGAGCCAGAGACCACCUCUUGCACCACUGGAUCGCCCUGCUUGCAGACUGCCCCAUUACAGCCCAGAUGUACGAGGACAUAGCCCUGAUUAAGGAUCACACGCUGGUGAAUUCUUUGAUUCGGGUGCUGCAGACCUUGCAGGAGUUCAACAUCACCCUGGAGGCAUCUCUUGUCAAAGGAAUCGACAUCUGACCUCCUGUGCCACAGGAAAAACUGUCUUUACAAACACAACAAAAAGCAACAAGGAGUGAAUCUCGUUAGUAUGCAAAAGUUCUGUCUUGCCAGUACAUUGUAUCGUGAACUUGUUCAUGGCCCAGAAAUGCAACUUUGACUUUUCUUGAAGGAAACUCCAGAAAUAGUACAGGCAAAUGGAUAGAAGCUGUAAACUCAAUGUAAAAAAGAGGAUUUUGGUAUAAAUCUAUUUUAGAGUUUAUUUGCUGAUUUGCUUUUUACACACUUUCAUGUGAAAGAGAUAGAGAUGAGUAUUGUGCAGCUUAUUUUAAAGCUGCAGUAUUUCCUUGCCAUAGAAAAUGUGCAGUGAGCCUUUCAGCAUUCUGUGAACUUGCCUUCAGAUAUGCUGUAUGUCAUAGACCCCAGUGUAUACACUCCAUUUCUGCUGAGAAGGUCAUUCUAUAGUUUUUAAACUAAUAUUUUAUAUAUUAACAUUAUUACCAAUGUUUGAUUUUUAAGGUGUUGGGUCAUGUUCUGCUGCAAGGGAACUACAGAUCUGAUCUGUGCUUUUAAUAGCUCCAAAGCACUGAUUUGUCAACAAUUAUUUUUUUUCCUUUAUUUUUUGUUGUCAGUAUUAUUUUUAGUGAAAUCCAGGAGACUGAACCGGGAAAUGUCCAGAGAUCAAAGUAAUAUUUUUCAUAUUGGUACGUAAUUGCACAGAAGAAGAAAUUAAGUCUGUUUUUUAACUGAUGUUUUUUAUUUAUUUAACCUAUCAUUGUGUUUUGUAAGUUUGUCUUAAAAAAAAAAAAACUCCUAUGAUACAGCUGGCUAUAUUAUGUUGCAAUUCAGAAUUUACAGUGUAGCCCACUUAAAUGAAAAACCUGGAAUAAUUGUUCAUAACACAAGAACAUUUCCACUUAAACCAGCCUUUUAAAGCUUGGUGUAUGGUUGCUGCUGGUAAUUCUCUUAACUGCUAAUAAAGAGGGACACGAGUUCCCCAGAUGCCAGAUGACUAAAUAAAAAUCUUUAUGCCCCAUCUGAAAUAAUAACAUUAUACCUUACUAACAAGUAUAAGGAUUUCUUAAUGUUUCUGAAAGGACAGUGGUAUUAAGGUUUUUUCUUUUCCUUUUGAGUGCCUAUGUCUUGGAUCCCAUUGUCACAGUCUGCUUCAUUUGGGAUGCUUUUGUUUUUAGCACAGAAAGUUAAGUCCAUUUCUGCUAUGAAACACAAACAUUUUGAAAGCUUAAUUUAUUGGAGAUCUGGAACUUGGCAAAUGCCUAGAGGCAUUUCUGUUCAUUUGAAUCCUCUGAUAAAAAUCUCUUUGAAAUGAAUAUGUGACUUAAGAACAGGCUGAUUUAUCAGCAUCACAAAUUACUGUACAGAAGUUGAGGGCUGUGUAUUUAAGAGGUCUCCACUGUAUAAACUUAUCUCAGUAUUGUCUCUCUUUGGAGAAGCAGAGUCCAACUUUUUUGGUUCAUAGAAUGUUGUAGCACUUUUUCUUUACCUACAGCUUAGUCACAUCUUGUGAUAGUUUUAUUUCCAUAAUUUAUGAGUAUAGCACAUGUAUUAAAUUUUGGACUAUUUUUACUUUUGUCCUAUUUAUUUCAUUAUUAAACUGAGAAAUUCCUUUGUCACUACUUAUCAGAGCAAGAUUCUUCUUUGAUUUCACAGUAGCAUUAGGAAGAUGUGAGGGCAGUGUCUCAGCCACUCCUCACGUGGGGUGGGUGCAAAUUCUUUCACAGCUCACAGGAGCAUUUCACAGGAGUAUUCUCUGUGUGUGCAGGGUUGGUUUUGUUGGUGUUAUUUUUAAUUUUUCUUCCUGCUUUGGAAGGGCAAGAAUAAAAAAAAACAGUUUUACUGCA